AAGCGAUCCAAACGCUUGUGGAGUAAGAGUAAAAAACACUAAUCAAAAUGAAAUUCCUGAUUGUUGCUGUUGCCUUCCUGGCCUGUGCCAGCGCUGAUGUUUCCCACUUGUCGGGUUACAACUACCAGGCGCCCGCUCCUGUCUACCAGCCAGCACCUGCUCCGAUCUCGAUCCCAGCACCAGCUCCAGCUCCAGUCUACCAGCCAGCUCCUGCUCCCGCUCCAGUCUACCAGCCAGCUCCUGCUCCGAUCUCGAUCCCAGCACCUGCUCCAGCUCCAGUCUACCAGCCAGCUCCUGCUCCCGUGCAUUACGAAGCUCCUGCACCGGCUCCAGUCAGCACUUACAUUCCCCCCGCACCCGUCUCGAUCCCAGCCCCAGCACCAGCUCCAGUCUACCAGCCAGCUCCUGCUCCGAUCUCGAUCCCAGCUCCAGCACCAGCUCCAGUCUACCAGCCCGCUCCCGCUCCAGUCCACAUUGAGGCUCCUGCUCCAGCUCCAGUCUACCAGCCCGCUCCUGCUCCCAUCCGCGUCGAGGCUCCAGUCCCAGCUCCAGUGAACACCUACAUUCCUCCCGCUCCAGCCCCAGCUCCAGUCUACCAGCCUGCUCCCGCUCCAGCUCCAGUCUACCAGCCUGCCCCUGCCCCAGCUCCAGUCUACCAGGCUCCAGCUCCAGCUCCCGUUUACCAGCCACAGCCCGUGAUCGAGGAAAUCGAGCAGCCUUCCGUCGAUGGUUACCGUUACAAGACCGUGCGUCGUCGCGUCUACCGUCGCAACCCACCGCGGACAAUUUCAUAUAAAUAUCCCACUUUGGGUUGGUCCAAAUCAUAUUAUCAGCUGAAACGUUUCGAGUCACACGCUCAACUCAAAAUGAAACUUCUUGUUGUCGCCUUCGCUCUUCUGGCCGUCGCCCAUGCCGAUGUGUCCCACCUCUCCGGCUACAACUACGCCCCAGUGGCGCCAGCUCCUGUGGCACCCGCUCCAGUGCCCGUGAAGGCGGCUCCUCUGCCCCAGCCCGUCAACACCUACAUUCCCCCUGCACCCGUCGAUGUGCCCGCUCCCGCUCCCAUCCACAUUGAGGCUCCCGCCCCAGCUCCCGUCCACAUCGAAGCCCCCGCCCCAGCUCCCGUCCGUGUUGCCCCUGCCCCAGCUCCAGUCAACCAGUACAUCCCUCCUGCAGCACCCGCUCCAGCCCCAGCUCCAGUCCACAUUGAGGCUCCUGCUCCAGCUCCCGUCCGCGUUGCUCCCGCUCCAGUCCCAGCCCCAGUUAACCAGUACAUCCCACCUGCAGCCCCUGCCCCAGCUCCCGCUCCAGUCCAGUCCGCCCCAGUCUUGGCUCCCCAGCCCGUCCUAGAGGAAAUCGAGCCCGUGUCUGCUGAUGGCUACCGCUACAAGACCGUGCGUCGUGUGAUCCGUCGCCGUCUGUAAGAUGUGCUCAUUCAUUGCACUUUGGGCGAUAGCAAGAAGUUAAUUCAAUAAAAAAAAUUAUUAAGUUUGUGUAAGAA